AUGCCAUACACCGGCAAAGGAACAAAUACUGGUCGAGCUCUACAAGCAGUUCUCGACAAUGGUUUGGAUAAAAAUGGCGAUCGACCGGGGGUUCUCAACCAGAUUCUGGUGAUUACUGAUGGAAAGUCAAAGGAUAACAUCAAGAGACCAAGUUCUCUUUUGAAGCAAAAGGCGAAAAUCAUGGCAAUUGGUGUUGGAACAAAACUGAGGAAAGACGAUCUUUACGACAUCGCUUCCGAUGAAAAAUCGGUGUAUUUUCCCGAAACAUACGCAGAAUUAGGAGAGUUAAAAUACGUUCUAUCGGAUAUGUAUUGUCCGCCUAAAUGUAUUGUAUAA